AUGAAGACUUUGCGUGUAUAGCUGCGCCUUCAAGCAAAAAGUCAAGAACACAACUCAGGGAACCAAAGACGGAGAAAAAAGAGAAGCAAAAAAAGCCACCGAAAGAAUUGAGUCCAUCGCAAAAGCAGACACCUAGUAAAAGGAUAUCCUUGGAUGACAAACUAUAUCAAAGAGAUUUGGAAGUUGCCUUAGCCUUAUCCGUCAAAGAAAAAUCUGCAAAUAUCCUUGAGGUCCAAAAUCCAGAAGAACAAGGUAAGAAUGUGGAAUCAGAAAAUGGACAUGGGAGACCUCUUUUUUCCAACUGCAGUGUAGACAGUAAACUUUUAGGUCUCGAUCAGGUUAUGGAUGCUGACGUACUUAGGGAUGACUGCGGGCAAAGGACAGCAGCCUCUAAAGUUGCAGCAGAUCGGAAAUUACUGUCCGUUGGCAGUGAUGACGGAGAGGAUGCUACUGACUCUGAGCCAGAUGCUGUACCCAGUGAGGAGUCAGAAGAGGAUUCAGAUUAUUGUGAAGGUGAUGAUGAAGACUUUGCUGUGGAAAAGAAGAAAGCCAAAGGAAAUAAAAAGAAAACCAAACAAAAGGUGCCAGCUGUAAGAGAGAAGACGACUUUCAAAUCCAAGAUUAAUACUACAGUAUCACCUGUAGUUUCUUCUUCACGGAUAACGGAACAAAAAUGUGAGCCAGCACAAAAGAUGGUGUCCAGUCCUUCAGAACCAGUUGGGAGGCCUUUGCAUACAUCAAGUCCUGUAACUGACAGGAAGCCCAAGUGGAUACCACCAGCUGCAUCGGGAAGCAGUAGUAACUCCAUGAAAUUCGCUUUGGUUAAGUCGCCUACUCAGUGUCUUAGACUCGGCCUCUCCAGACUAGCGAGAGUCAAACCACUGCAUCCCAGUGCUGCCAGCAG